AUGCCGUUUAAGAGCAUUACCCAUGACGUGAAAGGGGAGUUAGGGAGUAUAUCUAGAAAAGGUAAAUCAAGGUCGCUUAGGGUAGUUCAAGAUAGCUUAGUUUGCAUCAAUGCAUUCAAGCAGAGUUGUUGGGCGACCCUUCCAUACGAGCUUUUAAGGGAUGUGUUGAUGAGAAUAGAAGCGUCGGAGGUUACUUGGCCUACAAGAAAAACAGUGGUUUCUUGUGCCGGUGUGUGUAGGAAUUGGAGAGAGAUUAUGAAGGAAAUUGUAAAAACCCCAGAAAUCUCCGGCAAAUUGACAUUCCCAAUAUCAUUGAAGCAGCCUGGUCCAAGGGACUCCCUUCUUCAAUGUUACAUAAAACGCAGUUGUAACAACCAAACAUAUUAUCUUUACCUUGGCCUGUACCAAUGUGCAGCUUCAAAUGAGGAUGGAAAGUUCCUUCUUGCUGCAAGGAAGUGUCGUCGGCCUACUUGUACGGAUUAUAUCAUCUCAUUGAAUGCUGAUGAUGUGUCAAAAGGUAGCAAUACCUACAUUGGAAAAUUGAGAUCAAACUUUUUGGGGACCAAAUUUGAAAUCUAUGAUUCACAACCCCCAAAUGUUGGGGCCAAAGUUACAAAAAGUUGCUCCACUAGGUUAAUGUAUGCAAAACAAAUUUCUCCUCGGGUACCGACUGGUAACUAUCCCAUAGCCCACAUUUCAUAUGAGUUGAAUGUCCUAGGUUCUAGAGGUCCAAGGAGAAUGCAAUGCAUCAUGGAUGCCAUUCCAACCUCUUCUAGUGAGCUCGAAGGUGUUGCUCCCAUGCAGACCGAAUUCCUACAUAGUAAUCUGGAUACCUUUCCAUCACUACCUUUCUUUAGAUCAAAAUCAACUCGUACCAAGAGUUCCCAGUUUGGACCUUUAUCUAGCUUGAGAGAUGGAAUGUUGGUUUUGAAGAAUAAGGCACCAAGGUGGCACGAACAACUCCAAUGCUGGUGUCUUAACUUCAAUGGACGGGUAACAGUUGCUUCCGUUAAAAACUUCCAGUUGGUUGCUUUUGCGAAGAAUGUGGUUGUUAGGCAAGAGCAGCAAGAGAAUGUCAUCCUCCAAUUUGGGAAAGUUGGGAAUGAUGUAUUCACUAUGGAUUACCAGUAUCCAAUCUCGGCUUUUCAGGCGUUUGCGAUAUGUCUUAGUAGCUUUGAUACUAAGAUAGCUUGUGAAUGA